UUUCCAUUUGCUGAGAAGGCCCUGCCAGGCUGGGAGGGAGUUGUCCCUGCCUGACCCUGGAGAGAAGAGCCACUGUGACGAGCCACAGGCACCAUGAAACUGCUUCAAGGGACCAUACUUUGUCUUCUUCUGUCCAGUCUUUGUAGCAGUUUGGACGACGCAGUCAAAGAUACAGCCACUCCUGUAUUAUCAUCAACUUCUGCAACAAAAACAUCUGUACCAACAUCAAACACAACGUCAUCACCAAAUGUUGCAGAGAAAUCAACAGUUGAAAUAUCUGCUAAAGGAGCUACCAGCAAGGAACCCUUAGAAACAACUCUGCUGUCAACACUGUCUUCAGUAACCACAGCAGUUAAUGGAUCUACAGCCAAAGGUGUCACGAAGACUGCGUUCAUCACUACAAGAACAACAGUGAUAAAUCUUCCACUUCCAAAUGCUACUUCAACAUUACAAAGUCCCCAAUCCAAGACUGAGAUUCAGAGUUCAAUCAAAGCCACAGAAACAACAGUUAACACUCUACAACCAGAUGCGUCACCUACCAGAAUCCCUACAUUAUCCUCAAUAUCAGUAACAAUUCUGGAAAACAUCUCCCAGUCUCAAGGCACUGAGAACGCAAAAAAUGCAAGCUCUUCUUCAACCAGCCCCUCUUAUUCCAGUAUCAUUUUGCCUGUGGUUAUUGCUUUGAUUGCAAUAACACUUUCAGUCUUUGCUUUGGUGGGUUUGUAUCGAAUGUGCUGGAAGACAGACCCAGGCACACCUGAAAAUGGAAAUGACCAACCUCAGUCCGAUAAAGAGAGUGUGAAGCUUCUCACUGUUAAGACAAUUUCUCAUGAGUCUGGUGAGCACUCUGCACAAGGAAAAACCAAGAACUGACAGCUUGAUGAAUCCUCUCCACACCUGGGCAAUAAAUAUAUGCAAGAUUCAAGAACCUGAGAAGUGUGAGAAAUUUGUGGAGACGUGGUCCAGCCCUCUCUAGUAUAUGGCAAGCUUCCUUCCGUACAAGCUAUGGUUUCUUUGCAAUCCUGUGGCUAGUAAAAGGAUGCCUUCCAGAUUGUUAAAAUGCUCAAAUCUUAGUGACUAAUUGCCCAGUUUGGAGGAAGAAGAAGUCUUCUGUUCAGUUGGGAAGAGAAAGAAAGAAAAGUCUCUAUGCAGGAGACAGUCUCUAUACGGAAGAAAAGGAAGAGUACUGACCCAAAUAAGCUCAACAAAAUGAAUUAUUAUCCAACUCCCAUUCCUUUCAAUUUUUGUACUUGAAAAAAUAUUCCUAGCCUCUAAUCUCAUGUCUUUUGAUUUGCAGAGGUAAAUAGCUUCUGUUGCCUUUCUGAGUAAUUGUGGAAUUACAUAACAAUGUUCUGAAGAGUAAAGAUGAAAGUAAUGGGAAGAAACAUAUUUGAAAUUGGUCAGUUCUAUUGUCUAUUUGUCCUACUCUUUUUCAAUAUAUUUCUAUUAGCAACCAUUGUACUUUAAACGUAGUAACCGCUGAGUAAUUGCUUCCUCCUAGAAAUCAGAUAUCACCUAGAAAUCAGAUAUCAACUCAGAAAUCCAGGAUAAAUAGGAAUGCAUUUAUCAGAGCUAGAAGUUGAGAAAAGAAAUUGAGAAGUCUUUGGAUUGGUAUGCAACCGCAAACACUGAUACGGACACAUUCACUCAUGUUAAAAUUUUUCACCUCAGGAUAAAUUUCUAGAUGUAUUUAAUGCCUGCUGCUUCGUAUAACGAUCAUCUAUUUUGUGCUGAAUGUUACAUUUAAUGGAAUUCCAAAAUACCUUUAAUCUAUGACCCUUGCCCUCUCUGCAAAGCUUUGUCUAGUGAGAACAUGAAAUCGCACAUAAGAAAUAAGAAAAUAGAGAAAAAAGUUAAAAAGCUAUAUGGGCAUGAUUGAUACAACUGAUCAAUUCAAUCUAGUUCUAAAAUCUCUUAAGACUUUUAUGUCAACAAGAGGAAGGUUGAUAGGAGUUUCAAAAAAUAUUAUCCUUCACUGCAGAUUUAUUGCUAUAUUUAGGGACCAUAAUUUAUUUAGAAUAAGAAAAUGAUUAUUUUAGUUUAAGCUUUCCCUGUAUAAUUCAUUUUCCUCCCAGCUACUAGCUGAUACCUCCCUCAAAAUGGCUGUUAGUGCAAAAGUAACUUGUGGUAAGUUUUGAAGGCUGCUGGAAUCAAAGAUUAGAGAUACAUUAGCUGUAUGUACUUCUACACAUAUUUGAGCUCACUUGUAAUGCAAAUAUGCUCUGUUAUCUUCUUCUGAGAUUAAUUCUUUUAUGACAAGAGAUUAAUUAUUUUAUGACAAAGUGACAAGGAAUUGAUUUGCUGUUACAUAGGACUUCUGCUAAGGCCAGAAUUUUUAUGCCAAAAUGUAGAGCAGGAAAGCACAUCCUUUUCUUACUGAUGCCAACAAAUGGUCUGAACAAAUUUGUUAAUAACGAGUGUGAAGGGACAUUAGCUAAUAAUAUCUAUAUGGGGAAAAUAUAUAAAAAAACUAAAUGUAAAAAAAAGUAGAAGAAAAAUUUGUUAGGUUGUAUUAUGUGUCUGAUUAAGAAUUUUCAGACCAGGAAACAAUAUAACACAAUGGAAAUAAUAGGAAUUCUACUACAUCAUGACUUAAAAUUUCCAAACAUAAAAAUUAUCAUAAACUAUAAAUUAUAAAUCAGGAACAUGUUUGUCAUAAAUAUGAGACCAAUUCAUUAAUAUUUUAAAUAUACAAAGACAGUUAUACAAAUCAUAAAUUUUUUAAAUGAGCAAAGGCCAGGAACAGGCAAUUCACAGAGGAGGAAAUAAAAAUGGUAAUAUAAAAUUAUAGAAGAGUUCCUGUACUAUUACUAAUCAAAAAUGGAAUUAAGACCAAAAAAAUUAUAACCUUCAAUUACUUGAGUUUUUCUUUUCCUAAUUUUUAAAAAUCAUACUGAUGAAGCAAAUAGUAUCAUAUGCUGCAUUUGACAGUAUAAAUUGGAUUAACUGGAUUAAUCUUUCCAAAGAGCAGUUUGGUAAUAUUCACUAAGAGACUUAAAAUAUUCACAUUUGUCACCUAGUAACUUCACUUUUAGGAAAUUUUCAAAAGGAAAUUAUUUGAAAUGUGAUUAAAGAUUAAUAUACAAAGAAUGGUAGCAAACAUUUAGAAACAGCAUGUCCAGUGGUAUGGAAAUUUCAGAUAAAUUAGGUAUAAUCCAAUCAAUGACAUUAUACAACUAGCAAAAGUGAUUAUCAAGACAAUUUUUAAAUUGCAUGUAGACAUGUCCAAGAUAUAUCUUAAAUGAGGGGAAAAACAAUUUUAGAACUGAAAAGAAAGUCUUUUGAUUGUUCUGAGAGCAAUCCUGUGCUUUAGAAGGGAGGAGACCUACUGCCACCUGGCCGCUCCCUCUCCAGUAGGUCUCCUGUCCGUUCUGUUCCAAGCCACCUGCCAGUUUAAGAAGUGAGGGGAGUUUCAGAUCAACGAAGAACCAAGGGGCAGCAAGACCAAUAACUUGUAUGAAAGUCUCAUCCCACAGAUCCUCAACAAAGUGGAAUGUUACCCAUUUCUAUUUUUCUUGCAGAUGCAAUUCACUGUACUUCUGUAAUUUUCUAAAUGAUAUCCUUGAUAAUCUAAAAGCAUCUUUGUGAACUUCCAGAAAAGCUUAACAUGUUCUUCAAUUAUUUUUCUUACAUUUUAAAAUGAAGAAUGAGGGCUAAAAAGAAAACAUCACAAGUAAAGCAAGAUUUAUUUUCUGAUCCUAGUCUAUGGCCUUCAACAAAUUUCUUUAUAAUGCUUUGCAGUAGGUUCCACAUCUAUAAAACCAGGAUAGAAUGACCUUUUCUCCUAGAACCAUUGUGCUUCUUUGCUUAUAAAGUGUUGUCAAUAAUGAUUAAAGAAUCUAUCAUGGGGGCUUCUCUGGUGGCGCAGUGGUUGAGAGCCCGCCUGCCGAUGCAGGGGACACGGGUUCGUGCCCCGGUCCGGGAAGAUCCCACAUGCCGUGGAGU